AUGGACUCCGACCCAAGCGCAACCGUCUGGAACACCCGGAGCACCCCCGAGCCAGCGAACUCACGCGCAAUAGUCCCCCUCGUCGUCUCCGACAUCGACGAAAACGGCAACCCCCCGCUCGACCAAACCCUACCCAACCCGCAAACCGACCGCAUGACCAUCCGGAUCGUCACAACGCGCCUCGGCGACGAGGAACCGCACCACUGGGUAGUCCUCUUCACGCCCUACUACAACAGCAACGACGAUAGCAUCUGCAUCUGGUACCACGUCUUCCACAGCUCCGAGGCAGGUGUUGGAUACACGUCGCUCAUUGAGCGCGCGAGCUUCAAUGGGUGUAUCGUGUGGAACGACUGGCGGAGCGCGGAGUAUGUAUGCUGGAUUCCGAGGGUGAUGCAUGGGGAGGUUAUCAGGUUACUUGAUGAAUGUUUGAAGCGCGGGAAUGAGGAGGGGCAGCGCUGGUUGAGGCUGUUCCUGCGCGAGUGUGUGGCUAUGGGGAUUUUGAUGGUGGAUCGGGCGGCGGAGAUUGAGUGGGUUGUUCUUCCUGGUCAGGGGGAGCCGGGCGAUAAUGAGUCGUAUCCGGAGGCGGAGACGGCGAGGUCGGAUGAUCGGAUGAUCUGGGAGGGGUGAUUCUGCUCUCCG